GCAGCAGCAGCAGCGCUGCCAUCAUCGUCGUCGUCGUUGUCGUUCUAGUCGCAGUGUUUACCACGUUAGAUAAUCGAGAGCAGUACACCACACCACACCCCCCUCCCACCCGCCAAGUUCACAAGUGUGAAAAGAAAAGAAAAAAGCGUUUGAGUAAAACUCAAAUACAGAAGCAACUCAAAAUUAACUGUCAAGAUGAGCCGUCAGCUGCUUAGAAAUCCAACAACAAUGCAACGUGCUGCCAACGCCGUUGCUCUAACGUGUACCAGAAGUUUAGCUAGCAGCGGCAGCGCUGCCGCCGUCGUUACAAUGCCGCCGCUUCAAAAGCGUAGCAGCCAGCUGCAGCAACAAUGUAAACUAACGCCAAGUGUUGUCAUUCGUCGCUGGAAAUCUCUACAUAACAAUAACAGCGCUCAAAGCCAGCGGCUAACAGCGGCAACACCAGCGACGACAGCGACGCAGCGCCGCAGUCAAGCUGAAGCAUUGAACGCGCGUGGUAGCCAUUCAUCGUUUGACGUUCCCGCUCGUCGUAUGUCCACAGAAAAGAAAGACAAUAUGAAAUGCCUAAGUGUGGAGAAUAUCAAUCCCAACUUCAUUGUUAUGGAGUAUGCGGUGCGUGGUCCCCUCGUUAUUCGCGCCGGCGAAAUUGAAAAGGAACUCGAAAAGGGCGUGAAGAAGCCAUUUGACCAGGUAAUUCGGGCCAACAUUGGUGAUUGCCAUGCGAUGGGACAACAACCUUUGACCUUUUUGCGUCAGCUUUUGGCCCUGACGGUUGAGCCGCGUCUGUUGAACUCUCCCGACUAUCCCGCCGAUGUGAAGGAGCGAGCCUGCGCCCUUUUGGCCAGUUGCAAUGGCGGCUCCAUGGGAUCGUAUACGGACUCCGCUGGCUUGGAGUAUGUGCGUCAUCAGGUUGCCAGCUUCAUUGAGGAUCGCGAUGGCGGUGUGCCCUGUGAUUGGCAGAAUAUUUAUCUAACUGGUGGAGCAUCUCCUGGCAUUAAGAGCAUUCUAUCGCUGGUUCACUGCGAAGUGGAUUCUAGGACACCUGGCAUUAUGGUGCCCAUACCACAGUAUCCACUGUACUCGGCAACAAUAUCCGAAUAUGGCAUGAAGAAAAUCGAUUAUUAUUUGGAUGAGGAUAAUAAAUGGGGUCUCAAUCGUGUGGAGCUGCAGCGUGCCUACGAUAAGUCAAAGAAUGAGUGUAAUCCACGCGCUCUGGUCAUCAUCAAUCCCGGUAAUCCCACCGGACAGGUGCUGUCCCGCCAGAACAUUGAGGAGAUUAUCCGAUUUGCUUACGAUAAUAAGCUAUUGAUUUUGGCGGAUGAAGUGUAUCAGGCGAAUGUGUACGACAAGGACUCGAAAUUCCAUUCGUUCAAGAAGGUCAUGCAUGAGAUGGGUGAACCGUAUCGUAGCCAAGAGCUGGUGAGCUUUUUGUCCGUCUCCAAGGGUUAUCUCGGUGAAUGCGGCAUUCGUGGCGGUUACAUGGAGGUGAUCAACAUGUGCCCCAAGGUCAAGGCCAUGCUGACCAAGUCGAUAACAGCAUCGCUGUGCAGCACAACCGCUGGCCAGGUGGCUGUCAGUGCAUUGGUUAAUCCACCACGUCCCGGUGAGCCAUCCUACGAGCUGUACAACAAGGAGAAGAGCGCCGUAUUGACUGCAUUAAAGGAACGCGCCGAUUUGGUCUACAAGACCUUCAGCAGUUUCGAUGGCUAUACCGUGAAUCCCGUUCAGGGUGCCAUGUACGUGUUCCCAAAGAUCGAUAUACCACAAAAAGCUAUCGAGGCGGCCAAGGCCAAGAAUAUGGCAGCAGAUGUCUUUUAUGCAUUUGAGCUGCUCGAGUCAACGGGCAUCUGCAUUGUGCCCGGCAGCGGAUUUGGUCAAUUGCCCAACACCUACCACUUCCGUAGCACCAUCUUGCCGCAGACGGACAAACUGAAGCUUAUGUUGGAGAAGUUCCGCAAAUUCCAUGUUGAAUUUGUCAAUAAAUACAAGUAGAUGCCACUGUAUACUGUACACUCUUCCCUCUGUCUUAACCCGAAAACAACUUUGUUGUGAACAUCAAAAUUCAACUUUUAAUAAUUUUUUUUUAAUAAUCUUUUUUUUUUUUUUCUUAAAUCAAAUUGUAAAAAGAAGCUACAAACAGUACAUUUUUUAAUUUGCAAUCAAAUUGGUAUAAAGAUCUACAAUUAUAUUAUAGAUUUCUUGUUUUUAUUUGUUUUGGUUUCUCCAAAUGAAUUUGAAGUAGACAAAUAACUAGAUUGACAAUAAUAUUGUUUUUUUGAGCAAAAAAGUUGUUUAUUGCUUUGUUGCAUAACUUGUAUACACAUAAAAAUUGUUAAUCGAUUGAUUGAAAAAUGAGAAAAAUUUUUAAGCUAGAUAUUGAUGUAUCCCAUAUGGUAUCCUUACAUGGUCCUUACGAGAAGUCAUUACUCGAUGUUAUAUAAUAAUAUAUAUUGUAUUGUUGUUAAAUAUAUAUCAAAUACACAUUUAAUUGGCAUUCAGAA